UCCCUUGGAUCUCGCCCAGGUCCUGGAAUUCCUCAGCACCCGACUAGGCACCUUUGUACCCCUGCCCCCACGAGCCCAGGUCUUACUCUGCUCUUCUCUCCCCGCCCUGGGCUGGGCGGGGCCAGCUGCCAAAGCGGCAAGACUUCAUACACACCCCAGCCUCUGUGCAGGGGUCCAGAACCGAGGCCAGAAGGGGCCCUGGAGGGACCCAAUGAAGACACUACUGACCAUCCUGACGGUGGGAUCCCUGGCCGCUCACACUACUGUGGACAUAUCCGGUCUCCUUCAACACGUGAAAUUCCAGUCCAGCAACUUUGAGAACAUCUUGACGUGGGAUGGUGGGCCCACUAGCACCUCUGACACCGUCUACAGUGUGGAAUAUAAGAAGUACGGAGAGAGAAAGUGGCUGGCCAAGGCGGGCUGCCAGCGGAUCACCCAGAAGUUCUGCAACCUGACUAUGGAGACCCGCAACCACACCGAGUUUUACUACGCCAAGGUCACGGCGGUCAGCGCGGGAGUCCCACCGGUCACAAAGAUGACUGAUCGUUUCAGCUCGCUGCAGCACACUACCAUCAAACCACCUGAUGUGACCUGUAUCCCCAAAGUGAGGUCCAUUCAGAUGCUGGUCCACCCCACACUCACACCCGUCCUCUCGGAAGAUGGCCACCAGCUAACCCUGGAGGAGAUUUUCCAUGACCUGUUCUACCGCUUAGAGCUCCACGUCAACCACACCUACCAGAUGCACCUUGAAGGCAAACAGAGAGAAUAUGAGUUCCUUGGCCUGACUCCCGACACAGAGUUCCUCGGCUCCAUCACAAUUUUGACUCCGAUAUUGUCCAAGGAGAGUGCCCCCUAUGUGUGCCGAGUGAAGACGCUGCCCGAUCGGACGUGGGCCUACUCCUUCUCGGGCGCCGUGCUCUUUUCCAUGGGUUUCCUCGUCGGCUUGCUCUGUUAUCUGGGCUACAAAUACAUCACCAAGCCACCUGUACCUCCUAACUCCCUGAACGUCCAGCGUGUCCUGACCUUUCAACCACUACGCUUCAUCCAAGAGCACGUACUGAUCCCCGUCUUGGACCUUAGUGGCCCCAGCAGUCUGCCUCAGCCCAUCCAGUACUCCCAAGUGGUGGUGUCGGGGCCCAGGGAGCCUCCUGGAGCUGUGUGGCGGCAGAGCCUGUCUGACCUCACCUAUGUAGGGCAGUCAGAUGUCUCCAUCCUGCAACCUACCAAUGUGCCAGCUCAGCAGACACUGUCCCCACCAUCCUACGCUCCAAAGGCUGUCCCUGAGGUCCAGCCCCCUUCCUAUGCGCCUCAGGUAGCCUCGGAUGCCAAAGCUCUGUUCUACUCACCACAACAGGGGAUGAAGACCAGGCCUGCCACCUAUGACCCGCAGGACAUUCUGGACAGCUGCCCUGCUUCCUAUGCUGUGUGUGUGGAAGAUGCUUGCAAAGACUCUACCCCAGGCAUCCUCUCCACUCCCAAAUACCUCAAGACAAAAGGUCAACUCCAGGAAGACACACUUGUUAGAAGCUGUCUCCCAGGGGACCUUUCUCUACAGAAAGUCACCUCCUUAGGUGAAGGGGAGGCACAGAGACCAAAAUCACUCCCCUCACCUCUGGGGUUUUGCACAGACAGAGGACCUGACCUUCACACACUGCACAGUGAGGAACCAGAGACACCACGGUACCUGAAGGGGGCGCUUUCUCUCCUGUCCUCUGUGCAGAUAGAGGGCCACCCUGUCUCCCUCCCUUUGCACGUCCAUUCUGUCUCAUGUUCCCCCUCAGACGAGGGACCAAGUCCCUGGGGCCUACUGGACUCCCUUGUGUGUCCAAAGGAUGAGGGUCCCGCGGUUGAGACUGAGGCCAUGUGCCCCAGCACUGCAGCCUCUGAGCUGGAGCAGUCCACAGAACUGGACUCUCUUUUCAAAGGCUUGGCCCUGACUGUGCAGUGGGAAUCCUGAAGGGAGAUCGGAGCAAGCAGGCCUAAGUUUCCUUCUGCCCCACCCAGCUAACACCCCCACACCCACUAAGCCACAGGUUCUAGGGCCCAGCCCCGGGUGGGUGCCCUCAAGAGAAUGAGAGGAAGAUUUGGGCCCCACGUGGGAACACAAAUGUACGGUGAAGUCUCUAGUGGAGAAGCUACAGGCAGGCGGCGUGUGCGAAUAGCCUGUGGCACAGGGCCCAGCAGGCAGGUCACACAGAGUGGGGUAAUGAAGGGAAAUCUGGAGAGCCACUCAGCUCCCUCAACCAAGAGUGAGGCAUUCACUGUCUCUGAAGGUUCUUGGACUGGAAGCUGGGGACCAAGUGUGACAGGCACUUCAGCCAAGGCCAGAGGCCACACAGCAGCAAGACUUGAGAGCAGAGUGCAGUGGAGGCUCACUCCCAGGCAGGGAACCUUUCUUUGCUCUACUGUGAGAGGCUCCACCCAGGAGUGACUCCUUAAUCCAUCAGGAGGUGAGGGGUGUUGUAUAAAGGUUUUCUGCAGUCAGGCGUCCAGUGAAAAGCAUUUGAAAGGAGCAUGGCGCCUUGGAAGCCAAAGGCUUUUGCAUCUCGGCCUGUCUGGGGUCACAUUCCAGCCUCUCUACCAUCUACAGGACUUCAAGCAAGUGAAGUGAGUGAGCUCAGACCUCAGCUUCCCCAUCAAUGAAAUGGGCAUCAUCACGCUUACCUUCUGGGGUGGUGCCAAGGAUGGCAUUAAUGUCUGGGAAUUGCUUUGUGGCACCCAGCACAUGGGCAGGCUCUUGGCUGCUGUCUCCUGCUGGGAUUUUUUUUUUUUUUUAAAUCUGGAAACACGAGGAGUGCCUCCUUCUGUUCUCAAAUGGUUCAUGGGCGUUUUCUCAUGGAUUAGAGACUGUUGCAGGCAAGAACUGGACUAUCUAGGGCAGACAUGAACAGUCUCUACAGAACCUUCUGGAAACAGGCCCAGAGAAAAAACGAAUGGCACAGAGCCUUCUCUUUGAGGUUGCAGGUAGAAGCUGUUUGGGCAGAUGCCAUCUCACGGGGCUUUCUCUGCAUGAAGGGAGCCCCAGGCCUCUGCUGUCUGCUCCACCUGGAGAUACAUCGUCAGCAUUGCACCACCCUGGCCCUCUGGCCCCUGCCUGCACACAGCAAGAAGAAGCCUUUACUCUCUGCUGUCAGGAAGCUGUGUCUGUCAUAUCACUCUCAUAUGGGCCUUACCAGGAGGAAGCCAAGGCCCGGGCCAAUGCAGGGCUCUGCUGUGGAAUCUACAACUUAAACACAGGGCCUUUGUGCCAAGGGUGGAUGCUCUCCGCCCUGUUUGAAUUCUUGGGGGCUGAGUUUGGCAGGACACAAAGUAAGGGGGCCCCAAUGGAGUUCCUGAGAGAUAGGUGCCCUCCGUAUCACCUUCUUGCCCCAGAUUUCUGAGACAUAACACCAGACUCCAUUUGCGUCAUUGCGGCCCUCCAGAGGUACACUGUGUCCUUCUGCUGUUCUCACCUGUGUUUCCCCUUCUUUUCCCCGCCGGAUCCCCUUGAUGACACACGGUGACAGGUGGGCCUCUUAUCUACAUGUCAUUAAUAUUUAACCUCCCUCUAAGGUCAUUGACUCCAUAUCUGAGGCCAAAGGUUAACCAUCUUUACUUCGUUUACAAUCAAAUGGCUGGUCUUUUCUUGCCUGGUCAGUACAACCAGGGUUACAGAGCGCUUUUAUAGAAGGCCAUAAACUGGCUGUCAGCUCCCAGGGCUAUAAGUGUGGCAACCAUGGUAACAAUGAGGGAGAAGCUAGAGUGUCUGAGGAGGAGCCCUGCAGCCUCCUUCUGAGAGUUUCUCUCAGAGAGAUCACCACACACCUCCCCUGGCAUCCCAGGCCCAUAGCUGGGCUGGAUCCUCCCUGCUACAAGACAAUUUGUCAAAGUCCCACCAGGACUGGAUGGUAAGCUUGGCUUUUCUGAGAGCCUGACACUCUGACCCAGUAGCCUGAAAAGUUUCCAGCCCUGCUUGCUGUGCUCUGUCCCACCCAGAAGUCUCCAAGUCUCCUGUCUAACAAGGAAAGCCAGAGCCAGGGGUAAAAGAAUAGUAUACCUUAGCAUCCCCCCAACUUUAUCCUCCAGGGAACGUUCCAAACCCCUGGACCCCUGUCCAGCCAGAACUCACAAGCCCUGCACAGACAAGGAGAGCUGUAACUGUAGCCCGAACACAAAUAGUAGAGUCACCUAAAACGGCAGGGUUUGGGGUUUUGUUUUUUGUUUUUGGUGGUGCUGUUGUCUGGUUUUCCAAGUGUGAAGAUGACAGUUUUGCAUCCAGAUGAUGCUUGAAGUUACAGAUGCCACUGAGCCUGCAUAUGCUCUGCUCUGUGGUAAAGCUUAAUCUAUAAACCAGGCAGGAAGGGACAAACAGGCGCAUAACGGAACGGCAACUGCAGCAAGUGCAGUAAAGGUUACUUGAACACAAAUACUUAGGUACCAAAAACCAGUCUGACUGAAUGAUGUGGUGUGUAACAUACAGAGUGGACCACAGGAAGAGGUACAUCUUGUGGCUGGAUGAAACAGAACAGCAGCUGGGAUGGAGAGAGAGAGAGAGAGAGAGAGAGAGAGAGAGAGAGAGACCCUGUUUCCUUUUUCCUUUGGAAUCUUGCUGUGUUGAGAGUCAGUGAGUCCCCUAAUCCACACACCUAGUCCCUGCUACUUCUGCCCAUUUUUCCUUUGGCUAUAAGGAGGGAGGAGACCAGGAAACUUCCCCUGCUGCAUGUAAAGGACGACAGCAGCUGGAAUGAACCAAAGUGAGAGCUUCAGAGCACAGGAAGAGACCGAAGAAAACCCAGAAUCUCAGAGGACUAGCAGGGAGGAGAUAUCUAGGUAGGCAUGUCUCCAUGGCAACCCAAAGUUGGUGCCAUCGGCCAUGGACAGUUGGGUUGUAGACUGAGUUGUUGAUAGGGGAGGCCCUUGGUUUGAUCAUAAGUCCAAGAAAAUAAAAGACAAAUAAAGGAAGAAGGAAAGAGGAGAAAGAUGGAAAUAGAACUGAGCCAAGCAUGCCCUGCAUUUAGUCUCACAACCAUUCAGCAAGACAGGUGGCCAUAGUGUGCGCAAAUGUGUGUGUGUGUGUGUGUGUGUGUGUGUGUGUGUGCUCGAGUUUGUAUGUGAUGAGAAUCUGGUUUCUUUUAGAAACCCAGUUAUGUUAUGUGAAUGUGGUUUUGCUUUAAUCCUAGGUGUGGGAUAAGAGACUACCUCGCAGCAGGUGACUAUGAUUUGCCUCAUGCUCUAGCAAGGGUGUGCUUUUGCCAGCUGCAACUAGUUACUAUGAGUGUGUAAUGUUUGGAAUUCUGGAAACUUGUCAAGGGGGUAUAAAUGGCAGAGCCCUGAGAGGGGCUGAGCUCACUCUGAGGAGGCUAUUGUUCCUCCACUGCUGCUGGCUCCUGUUGUGGUGGUUUGUCAAGUGGUUGUGAGCAAAGUGAAAAGAAGAAGAAAUUGUAGAUGUCCUUACAAUGACAAAGACUGAACUUGCCCCAAGGAACUCGACACCUUAAAUCAGCAGGAAGUAAUCGAAAAAGGUCAAGGUCCCCUUUUACCUUUCACCUUCUUUCUCUUCUACCUACUGGGGGGUUGGAAAGGAUUAAGGAGGAAUAAGGGUGGUAGAUAUAAGGACUCAAUAAAGUAGCACAAAAAGUA